AUGUUUCCCGGAUCACUGAAACUAAUCUCCCUGAUGCUGUUAUGGGUCAUCGUUGCUGCGGUUCUGACGGAUUGCGAGGCCAGAAGCUUUGUGGACAGGUCCGAUAAUUCCGAUAGCAAUGGUAGCCCGACCAAUAGAUCCGCGACAGAGUAUCAACUGCAGGAAUACGCGGAAUUCAUGAAAUCCUAUAUGAACCAAAGUGUAGAGCCCUGCGAGAAUUUCUACGAGUAUGCCUGUGGAAAUUAUCGGAACGUUAAGCCGGAUCGGUACUCUCCGGGCAGUAGAAGCAACCUGGGCGACGUGGCUUACACACUGAUCGACAUCACGGAGCAACUGGUGGGCAGGAUGGAUCUGGCGGAGGCUCUCAACGUGUCCAGCGAACUGGCGGUGGCCCAGCGAUUCUACAAUGCUUGUCUGGGAGCAAAUCUCCAUCCAUUCAAUGCGGCGGAUCCCGCUUACUUGAGUCUAAUUCGUUCGAUUGGUGGAUUUCCCGCUGUGGAUGGAGACGCCUGGAAUGCCUCCAACUUUAACUGGAUUAACACGAGUGCUCACCUGGCCAACUAUGGCGCCAACGGUCUGAUCCGCGAAGCUCUCCAGUUAAGGUAUCCCUUUGAGCCAUAUACCAAACUGCCCGAACUGGGCUUCGAUCACAUCAUCGUCCACGAGGAAAACAUUUCCAGCAAUACCACUCGCGCCUUUCGGCUGAACGAAGAGCGAAUGCACGGAUAUCUGAGGGCGUUCGGCUUGCCAGAGGACAGGAUUAGGGAUGCAAUCGCUGGGGUCUUUGCCUUUUGGCGGGACGCACUCGAGAUCCCGCCCCAGUGCGAAGUGUUUGAUCCCUACCGAAUUGAGCGAGAGUUUCCCCAAUCGGAGUACUACUAUAACAUCUCGUGGAGUGGACUUCACUCCUCUAACAAAUUAUUCUGCGACUUUUACUACGUGGAACUGGACAAGGUAUGCGCCCAACAUCGCGAGGCGGUGGCCAACUACCUGGCCAUGAAGCUGCUCUAUAGAUUCGAUCCCAAACUGAAGGCGCCCAGGUACCAAAGGAACUACUGUGCGGUUACGCUUUAUCAAUCCAUGCGGUUUCUGUUCAACAAACUCUAUAUGGCUAACAACUUUAGUGAGGAGAAGAAGCUGGAGAUGUCGGAAAUGGUGCGGGAACUGCGAAAGAGUCUGCGAAAGACGCUGGCGGAUGCCGAGUGGCUGGUUGCGGAGAGCAGGGCGAGGGCACUCCUUAAGGAGUCCAGAAUUCAGUCACACAUAGGUUCGUUCCAAGAUGAUGCACUUUCGGAUCGAAUAAUCCGGGAAAUCAAUAGUCUGAAAGUCAUCGGGGAUAGCUAUGCGGAGACCAACAUUAAUUUGCAGCACCUAGUUGUACAAAUCAAUCGGUUUAGCAGUCGGCAUUUUCAGGAGCUGACCGAGGACACCAAGCCGCAGAAGAUCCUGACAGGAUUGCAGGUUGGAGCGGGCUACUACACUCCGGACAACUCCAUCAAUGUGAUGGCUGGCGUGUUUGAACCCCCGAUAUACCACCGCCACCUGCCGCUUUCCCUGAAAUUCGGCACCUUGGGUUUUAUCGUUGGUCAUGAACUCAUCCACGCCUUCGAUACCACCAGCGCCCAUUUCAAUGGCAAUGGUCAAUUGGAGCCCUUGCUGUCGGAAAUUUCGCAACAGUCAUUAGAGGAUCGCGCCGAGUGCUACAUGGACUACUAUGGCAAGUACCAGGUACCGCAGAUCAGCAGGCGUGUCAACGGAAAAACUACGCUGGACGAGAAUAUCGCAGACAACAGCGGACUAAGACAGGCAUUGACGGCCUACCGCAGUCACAGGCAGCAACUGCUGGAGCAUCCUGGGCAGGAGAGGAUCAGCGACACCAUGCCGGGUCUCGAUCUCGCACCGGAACAGUUGUUCUUCCUGGGAUUUGCCCAGCUAUUUUGCUCCCAUUACGAGGAGGAGCACUACUGGAAGGGUCUUAGCGAUGAGCACACCUUCGACCAAUUUCGUGUCCUGGGAGUUUUGUCCAACAGCGAGGACUUCUUCCACGCCUACAACUGCUCCGUGGGCAGUGGCAUGCGUCCUGGCGACAAAACGUGCCGACUUUGGUAGCUCAUAGAUUUAUAAUCAUCAUUAUAAGUUCUUUGAACCAAAUAAAUUAAUUUCAAUAUUUA